GAGUUGGCAUUAAAACAGCGGAAGUGUUUAUAGCAGGAAGCUAAACUAGCUAGCUAACAACGUCUGCGUUUGUCGUCUCUGCCGGAGCGCUCAGACCGUUUCCCCCUCAGAGACCGGUUCGGUGGCACAAUAAGCUUUGUUCAACCGAAAAUCCCCCAGCGUGUAGACGCAAGCUGUCUCUACAGAUCCAACAUGUUUGCACAUUCCAGUGAAUGUCCGGGACCCCGAUGAAUUCAUGACGGAGUCGUGAUGAGUCUGCAGUGGACGGCGGUCGCCACCUUUCUCUAUGUCGAGGUCUUCCUCGUCCUUCUGCUCUGCAUUCCCUUCGUCUCCCCUAAAAGGUGGAACAGGAUCUUUAAGUCUCGGAUUCUGCAGACCAUCGCUCUGUACGGAAACACGUGGUUCAUGGUGGCCAUCGCCAUCCUCGUCUUCCUCCUCAUCGAUGCGUUUCGUGAGGUCAGGAAGUACAGCGUGUCGGAUCGGGUGGAUGUGACCAACAACCCGACGGCCAUCGAGCACAUCCACAUGAAGCUGUUCAGAGCUCAGAGAAACGAGUACAUCGCCGGCUUCGCCCUGCUGCUCUGCCUGCUGCUGCGCCGCUUGGCCACUCUGCUUUCCCAGCAGGCCACGCUCCUGGCGACAAACGAAGCCUUCAAGAAGCAGGCGGAGGGCGCCAGCACCGCCGCCAAGAAGUACAUGGAGGAGAACGAACUGCUGCAGGAGAAACUACGAGAGGCUGGAAUUGAGCUGCCGGAGGCUGGAAAACAAGGAGCAGGACUACAGGAGGAGAACAAGACCCUGAAGGAGGAGGUGAAGACCCUAAAGGAGGAGCUGGAAAGCACCAAGAAAGCUCUGCAGAAGUCCGACAGCGACGUUUGUGCCAUGAAGAAGCAGGCUGGGAAUCUGACGGUGGAGUACGACCGGCUGCUGGAGGAGCACAGCAAGCUGCUGGCGAGCAGCGACAAGAAGUCAGACUAAGGAGAAUGAAGGUCACUUCCAGGCUUUCACACCUCCAUCACCGUCCUCCGCUUCCUGUAACUCCUGAAACCCCCCGCACACGCACACACACACACACACACACACACACACAUACACACAGACACUGAUGUCAGAGCAGAGUCCCUACGCUGUGAUUGGACGAUCAAACUGUCUCUAAAACUGUUGUGUCCUUGUUUACACCUGACGGGUGUGUGAGUGGAUCUCUGGUUCUUUUCUUUUUCAUCCUUUUUACGACCGGAUCCAUCCCGUCUCCUUCUCCAUGACCGGAUCUUUCCCGUCUCCUAACCGGAUCAGUCCAGUCUCCUGACCAGAUUUUUCUCGUCUCCUGACCGGAUCAUUCCCAUCUGGUGAAAGGAUCAAUCCGGUCUCCUCCCUGCAGGACCAGGCGACUCCGGACUUUGAUGCUAUCUGGAGAAUAUGAGCUUCAAUCCAGAAAAAAGGCUUUUUUUCCACAUUUUAAAGUUAAACAUAAAAUAAUCUGGAACUCCUGAAGUUUUGUUUUGUUUCUAAGAUUCUCACAAACAUUUGGGUCACAAACAGAACCCGAUCAAGUGGUCCUGGUCUGGUUUUGGGUGUGAUCUGUUCAGAGUUUUGUUGACUGUAAUAAACUCUUGAUAAACUGUU